CUUCCGGGUCGGCCUGCAAGUAAAAAAGAAGCCACAUAGUGUAGGCCCCAGGGACAGGGAGUAUGCGCCCAGAGCAAGGCUCCUAAUUAUCUAUACAACUGCAUUCCAGAGGCUCUCAGUCUAUCAUCAUUGUCAUUCAACUUACUUCCUAUUCGCCUGAUAACGAGCGAGGCCAAAUCAACUACGCACCAAACCAAAAUCAAACCACUAAAUCGCAGAAGUAUUAGCAGGAACACUCCUGUUUUAUAAUCAAAUCAAUCGCAAGACAUGGCCGAAACAUUUGCUACACCUUCGUACUCUGUUGAGAACUAUGCUAGCUACAGGCCAUCAUAUCCACCUGAGUUAUACCAGGCGAUUAUGGACUAUCAUCAAGCUUCGGGAGACCUGGCGAUCGAUUUGGGUUGCGGAACAGGCAUCGUCAGCGCUGAGCUUGUCCGUCAAGGACGCUUCGAUCGCGUGGUAGGCGUUGACCCUUCGAAACCCAUGUUGGAGUACGCCAAGAAGACGAUCACCAACGCUGAAUUUGUCCAUGGACGUGCGGAGUCCCUUCCUUGGAUCACGAAUAAUUCCGUCGACUUAUUGGUGGCUGGUACUUCCGCCCACUGGUUUGAUACCACUUGGUGGAAAGAAGCGGGGCGCGUUUUAAAGCCUCAGGGCACCUUGGCGGUUUUCAUCUACGGAGGCUUGUGGCCCGAUCCAGGUCACCAAUGUGCAGAGGAGCUUCGAGCAACAAUGUUUUCAUUUGCAGAAGAGCUUGGAUUUUCUUCCAUUGGCAACCGUAUUUGCCAUCAUAUGUAUGACGAACUGCCCCUUCCCGAUUUGACCGACAAGGGCAACUUGGGAGAUUUCCAAAGGAUUGAUUGGAAUCGACAUGGACUCGGGGAUCGGCUGGUGAUGGCGGAUCGGAUAAAACUGAGAGCAUGGAGAGAACGCGCCCGUACUUAUGGCCCGGCCCAUCGAUGGCAAAUUGAAAACCCUACCAAAGUAGGCGAUAAAAAUCUAGACCCGGUGGAAAAGACUCUCACAACCAUGAUGUCAAUUCUUGAGACUGAAGACGAAGAGAUGGAGAUCGUGUGUGGUCACUCGUUGUCAUUACUCUUAUUCCGCCGACGGGCCGUCUGUACCGAAUAACGGUAGGUUUGAUUGGAUGGAACUGUAUGUGGCAACAGCGAUGGCAUUCAGCUUUCAACGCCGUCCAUUCCCUAACUUAGCUAAGUCCCUCUAUGGGAGGGGGGACGCCGUCCCGCAGGGACCCUCCGCAGGAGGGACUUAUGCGCCAAGUCUACCACGCCGCCUGAGGGAAGUAGAAAUUUUGGAUCUUUUUUUUGAUCGCUCCCAGGGCCUCCAUCUCAUGCUCAAUCAGUACAAAGUGACCCAACAAAAGAAGGGGCUU